GCUUGCGACUGGCUGACCUGCGUCACGUGACCGUCACCGCACAUUCAUAGCGUUUGUGCGCAGCCUCCUGGACCAGGGCUGUGCGCCGCAGCGUGCGGGUUUUCGCGUGACAGCUGGAGAGACCAUGUCAGAAUGAAUACCUUCUUAGAUUUCUCAGUGAUGAGCGGCGGUGAAGGGGGUGGCGGGGGCUCGUGCGCUGUGAGCGCAUUCCACGCGGAGCACGAAACUUUCCAGUCGUGUUCCGUCACGGUUAAUAACUGCAACGCGAACGAGCGGUUCUUGAGUGGCAGAGGGUCUCCGGAUUCAUCAAAUCAUUCCCACAAAGGCGCCUCUUUCCAGUCCUCGGGUACACUUUCAAUUGCGUAUGGAGCGCAUCCGAGUUACGGUGCGCAAACUUUCUGCGCCAGUUACAAUCAUUACAUCAAUCAGGAUUCCGACUCCGGUGUGGGAUUAAACCAGUGCGGUUCACUGGUCUACUCUGGAAACACUGUCGAAUCCCCCCAUCGGCAUCACCCCUUUCUACACGGUUACGCCGGAAACAGCGUUCCCCUACCUGCGCAACUUCAGUUUGCGCCUCCUGCGUACGGUCACGGUCACGGUCAGGAUCAGACCAAUCUGCUGACCGGAUGCUCGAAUCCCCUCUCUUCUCUGCAUGCGUCCCACCACGGCGCGUGCUGUGCGUCUCUAUCAGACGGAGGGUCGCCGGCGCAGACGUUUGAUUGGAUGAAAGUUAAGCGCAAUCCACCAAAAACAGGAAAGGUAGGAGAGUAUGGCUACGGGGGGCAGGCCAACACCGUCCGAACCAAUUUCACCACCAAACAGCUGACAGAGCUGGAGAAGGAGUUUCACUUCAACAAGUAUCUGACGCGCGCCAGGCGAGUGGAAAUCGCUGCUGCGCUCCAGCUGAAUGAGACUCAGGUGAAAAUCUGGUUUCAGAAUCGCCGCAUGAAGCAGAAGAAACGCGAGAAAGAGGGUCUGCUGCCUAAAACCGACUCCACACCAGGGGAUGGAGGAGAAAAGGCUGACAUUUCAUCCGAGCUUUCCUUCUCUGCGCCUUCAACGCCAUCUCCAAGCUCCUCUACCACUGACCCUUACUCCUCGGGUUAACCCUCUGCUCCAUACUGAGUCAGACUCAUUGGAUAUGAAGUUCACCACCAUAGAUCCAUAGUUGAAGUGGACCUUUGUACCUGGCACCAGGAUUUCUGUCUCUAAUAAUGAUGCAGUGUUCAUGACAGUUCUGUAAGAUAUUAAUCAAGACAAAACAUUCAUUUCAUUAAGAAAUUUGUGGAGUCAGGAUUUAGUGACACUAGAGUAGCUGAAGAACUUUACGCACCACAGCUGGAGUGAGCUAUGACGUCACACGCGGGGGAGAUGAGCAGUUCCCACUGUAAUAUUAAUAUGUUUUUUAAUAAUAAUACAAAAAUCGUACCAGUAGUACCAGCUCAUAUCCAUCUAAUAAGCCGAAUGAUGAACAGAUGAAAAAAAAAGCAUAAAAGAGAAAAGUGUAAAAUCUUUGAUCAGGAUCAGGAAAUUUCCGAAUCGGAAUAUCCCCUGUUUUUUAUUUAUUUAUUUUACUUUGUGGAAGUGGAGUCGCAGUGUUCCUUCAUUAACCCUAAAAUCAGAACGCACAUUCUGACAAAUCACUGCGCAAUAAAGGAACACAGCUUCAAAAUGAUCAUUUUUUAUUUUGCUGAUCUACUGUAUUAUUAUUAUUAUUAUUAUUAUUAUUAUUAUUAUUAUUAUUAUUAUUAUUAAAAUUAUUAUUAAAAUUAUUAUUAUUUUUACUAUUAUUAUUAUUAUUAUUAUUAUUAUUAUUAUUAUUAUUAUUAUUAUUAUUAAGUAGAAUGUUUCAGCUACACUUAAAGGAAUCCUGAACCUUCAUCCUGUGUCUCUGGAGCCUUAAAGGCAGUCAAACUAAUUUUUUUUAUCAUUUUAGUGGCUUUUAUUCAUAUUUGAUGUCAGUGUGUUCAGGAAUACGGGUCAAAAUAUACGAAAUAAACUACUUUUAUUUUAUUGUA